GCCCACCAUAUCCGCUAGAAAUCUAAAAAAAACCCUUCCCACGAACCCAAAUUCCGUAAAUCAAAAAGUCAACCUGCUUCUGCCCUUCCGGAUUUACAUUCAAUAACCUUUACUGAAUUAUUCCCCAAUUCCAAUUAUAAUAUAAUUAAUCGCGUCGAUUUUAAGAGCCUCGUACAUAUCCUCUUGUCUUUGUCAAUUAUCGCGUCUGUCUGACCUCAGAUAAUAAACAGAAUUCAGUUCACGGUCAAUGUUGGAACGAAUAGGGUAUCAGCACAGUUAGAUUUAACAAGUUGUAUCCGGUGUGACAACUGACACUUUGACAUUUUUAUAGUGACGAUGUGUUUCAGUGCAAAGUUUUCGCUGUGUUGAAUCCCGUCUUCCAUAUUACAUUAGCAGGACUUUAACUUUUCAACGGAAAAGUAAUUUAUAUACGGACAUCCGGUUAGACAUUAUAAUACAGUUUCUAAGAACAAAGUGAAAUACGGGCUAUUUCUGCUACGGAAUAUUUUAUAAUGCAGUGAAAAAUACAGUUAACACUGUUGCUUCGUGUGUAAAAAAGCCAUAUAACAGUCUGGUAAAAGAUUGUUUGUGAUACAAUUAUGAUUUGCUCUAAAGUGAUCAACUUCAAAACCAUCCUACGUCUGUUUCUCGUGUAUACCUUCCUAAUAACAGAAAGUUGCUUCUGUCUCAAAGACGUGAGGGUUAGUGUACCUGCAGCAAUUCUAAGGGAAGGAACAGCGACUCUGUUCUGCCACUUCGACUUGGAAGGAGACUCCCUUUACUCGGUCAAAUGGUACAAAGGUCGACGAGAAUUCUAUCGCUUCACUCCAAAAGAGGACCCCGCCAUGAAAAUAUUCCCUAUAUUCGGGCUGGAUGUUGACCAGGGAAAAUCGAACGCUACGCAGCUGACUUUACGACACGUUCAGCUCUCUGUUUCCGGACGAUACAGCUGCGAAGUGUCAGCAGAUGCACCGUCCUUCCACACCGCCCUGGUCUCUGGGGACUUGGACGUCGUAGAGACACCUCGUGGCAGACCGGUGAUAUCUGGAAUACGUCAUCGGUAUCGUACUGAAGAAACUCUCGGUGGAAACUGUUCAUCCACAUGGUCUAAGCCGGCCGCUAAGUUAACCUGGUUCAUUAAUGGCAAUCCGCCACUACCAGAAAAUCUGGUUCUGUAUCCUGUGAUCAAGGAAACGGAUGGAGAAAGGGAAACCUCUUACCUGGGUCUCAAAAUGGUCAUAAAACCUCACCACUUUCCUCAUGGCCGUCUCAAAAUCCGAUGUUCUGCGUCUAUCCACGAUAUAUACUACCAGAGUACGGAAAAAAGCGUUGAAGAAGAACGACCCCGCGGGUUGCUGCAUGGCACAGGGGCAGGAAUCCACUACGUACACACCCCACAGAGCCCCGCGACAGACCUUCCACCGUCAGGUCAAAGGUUCGAGCCCGAUACCACCAUUCCCCAGGAAGACGUACCAGCGUCUGGCGGCUGCAGGGUCGCGAUAGCAACGAUGCAAGCUGUCGUUUCUUCCUCACCAUUGGCUCUCAUGAUGCUUUUGUUCACCGUCAGAUGAACCCAAAAACAAGUCCACCCCCACAACAGACCAUCGUAAUAGCAUCGUAAGUCAAGACGGAGAACAACUUCCGAGAAAGAGGAGAGAGAUUCGCUGUAAGAGUAAUUCAAUAAAUAACUCGAUACUCAGGCAAUUUGCCUCGCCGCUGACAUCCUCAACCUUUUCAUUCUCAAGAAAUAUAUUUAUGUGUAACAUAUAAGAGCGUAUAGCUUUACUGUAUAUGACGUAACGAAGUGUUUUGCCGAGUCAUCUUAUGUCUCAAAUAAAAAGCGAGCAGACAAAUAUAAUAAAUUAAUAAUCCCCGUGUCAGAGACCGAAAUAGUGCAUUAAGUGCGGACAUGUCUCAAUUUAUAUUUAAAGCAAUGGGGUAGGUGCCUAUGGAAGAGUUCGUGAGUCAGGAUAGGACUUAAAAUAAAAGUCGGUAGAAGGAUAUGAAGAAGUGUUUGUUCCCAACUCCGUCUUCUGUCUCUUCAUAUGCGACGUUAAAUAAGUGAUGAAUCUUAUUAACCCCUCCGUAGCAUCCCUUAUAAUAAUGCGAAGAUAGAAAACUUAUCGGUCGUGAAGAAUAGCAGGUUUAAACAUUUCUGUGAUGCAAUUUUUUUUAGAACUAACAACUCCAUUGAGCAGAGUCCUUGAAAAGCUGAUAGCCGCUUAGCUGAUCCAAAAUUUCCCUAAUUCUAAUUUCGUCACUUUGUUCAUUUCAAUACGUUCUGGAAAAUCUGAGUGAAGAAUUUCAGGAAGGCUAAAACAUUUCAUCAGAAAUAAAACACGUAUUGCUGGAAUUAUAUAUUUUUUUUUGUAUUUUUAUAGAUGUAACUCAUUUAAGAUAGUUAUAAUUACGACGUUUAUAGGAACAAAAUUACAUCUCCCGAUGCAUAAAGUAAUACCGAACGAAUGUGUUUCUGUGUUGCUGUAACGCUCUGAAAUUACACUCGGCAAUAAAACGUUGACUUUUUAACUUAACUGAAUCUCUACGGAAGAAAUUAAAACUGCUUAUCAAAGGCGAAAGUGUAAAUCGCAGUCAUAAUGCAUGCUGUAGUAUGUAUGUAUAUAAUCAUCCCCUUUAAAGCCGAAACUCAUUUAAAUAAUAUUUAAGAAUUAAGGUCGUACCGCGAAGAAAACACAACUCUUUACCAUUACGAAGAUCAAUUGGUUAAUGCUGUUUAAUAAAAUGACCACCGUUUACAGUGAAAAUUAUACAAAAAUCCAUAAUACAAAAUGCAGACCUACUAAUCGCUGACGCAGUAGGGACGUAUAAUUAUCACUGGAUUUUUAAGGGUUAAAUGUUUUUGUUUUUUUAAUUCACGACUUGACACAGUAAUAUAUUUACGAUGGUUUUAGGGUAGUAUGGAUAAAUUACGAAGGAUCCAGAGACAAUGGAAACUUUAGUUAACAGAGAAAAAUUAAGAUAUUCAGCACAGAACGAAAUUCUGUCAAUGGUGAACAAUCAGUUUUAACAAUUCUGCUCGUGUUACUUACACAAGAUCUUUUAAGUUUUAAAUGUGAUGUAUCGAUAUGAAAGACAUAUAACAAUUUGUGUUAAUUCAUUCAAGGGAUGUACGUAAUAUGUUAUAUAAUUAGUUAUUGUCUAUGUACACAAAUAAUCUACCAGAAGCGAAAACAGUGAAUUUUUAAACGACAAGCGCGGCUGGGACCGAGAUUAAGUUGGUGCUAUACGACCUCUCCCCUCAAGCGCCUACAUGGCGUAUAGUGGGAUAACUUUACUUUCAUUUUAUUGUUAGGGGGGAGAGGCGAGUUGUAGAAAGGUGUUUGCCGAGGGUCAUUAAUACAUUUCAAGGUCAUAUGAAAUACUGUGAGCGACAAGACAGAACCUCGAUGUAUAUUUGGCACUACAAUAACUUACGUUGUUCUAAAUACACGCUUUAAUGCAUUUUAAGGCAUUUGGGAUAAAGAAGUCAGAUUAGAUAAAAUACACACAUACACCUGUGUUAAGUGCACAGACGAACGAGACUGUCAUAUAAGAAUCACCGACCGCUAACUUUCUCGUCUCGUAACCUGAGAAAUAUUAAAAAGAAAUUUCUAGUCAUCUCCAGACAAUUUUCUGCUUUAGUUGGCUCAUUGAUACAAUAACUUAAUGUCCCUAUUCCAACAUAAAAUAUAUAAAAAAAGUAUUUCCUUCAAAUUGAGUGACCCUAAUUCCUUUGGCCAGUAAAGCCGCAUUCCUUGGAGUCCUGUGCAAAGAUUGCCGAGAAAGUGGAAUUUAUUCCUUGUUGUAAAUGUUGUCAGUUUAUUAUAAACAUAUGUGUGCGUAUAAAUUAAUAAAUACUUGCUCAUGAAGAUCACAUGUGUUACCGUCUAAAUAUAUUGUAAUAUUAAUGCUUAUGUCCUUGAGUAGACUGAAGAGGGUGUUUGAAGUUGGGUUAAGAUAUGUGAUGCAGAAUCGAAUUUGUUUUUUAAACUGUUAAAAUAGUGAUAUAUAGGCCUAAUUAUUGGUGGCUGAACUGAUUUAAGUUACACUAAAGCGAAUUUUACAAAUUUUAAAUCUCUAAAUACAAAGUUUCUCACGUGAAAAUAAUUAAAAAUUUACUAUUGUUUAAUUUAUAUUUAUUAUAGUUUUGGAUAUGGAAAAUCUUUGGCACUGUGUAACAAUGACGUCGACUUACUGGUAUAAAUUUUAUUUCCAGUCGUUUCGAUGUUUAGGUACAAACACCGAAAUUUUUCAGGGUGUGUGAUCUCAACAACACUCACAAAACUUUCGUUAUUAUUCGUGGUAAAGAUGAUGACGUUUGAUGUAGUAAAAGAGCGAAGAAUUUAUUAAGACAAGCGAUAUUUUUGUGUGACAUACUUUCUUCCUGUGUGGUAAACUGUACAUUGAAAUCAAAUAAAAUGUCAUAUUUUAUACAUUAAAA